CGAAGGAACAGCCUCUGCGGAGCCAGUAGAGAGCUGAGCAGGCGGGCAGGCGGCGGGCCAGCCAUGGAGAGCUUGGCGCAGCCCCCGCCGCCCCCGGGCGCGCUGAAGAGGGGCGGCGGGGGCGCUGCGGGCCGAAUCAUCCUGGAGGGAUCAGUGGAGGAAGAGGCGGCGGCUAACGGGGGUAGUGGUCGGGGCGGACCCGUGACCGCUGAGGAGGGCGGCGGGCAGUGGGGUCCUUCCCCUCUGCUUCUUCCCCCGCCUGCCGCGGGCCCCGGGAGGGACUCUCCUCCCGCGCUGGGGUCUCCCGUGCCUGCCACUGAGAGCCGCCGGUCCGCUGCGGGCUGCGCGGAGCCAGUAGUGACUGAGAGCUCUGAGGCAGCGUCUGCCUUGGAGAGGGGCCCCGGGGAGGCCGGCAGCAGCGGCGGCGACCCCAGCCCCCCAGAGGAGGAGUCGCGGAGCUUGGACUCCCUGGAGUCCUUCUCCAACCUGCACUCCUGCUGCCCGAGCAGCUCCGAGCUCAAUAGCGAUGCUGAGGAGGUUGCGGCGGCAGCAGAGGGCAAGGCCCGGAGCCCCGGAGGAGAUGGGCCCACGGCUGCGGCUCAGCUCUUCUCUGCCUCUAAGGAGCGCUUUCCUGGCCAGUCGGUUUAUCACAUCAAGUGGGUCCGCUGGAAGGAGGAGAACACGCCGAUCAUCACCCAGAACGAGAACGGGCCCUGCCCGCUGCUGGCCAUCAUGAACGUGCUGCUGCUGGCUUGGAAGGUUAAGCUGCCACCAAUGAUGGAAAUCAUAACUGCUGAACAGCUGAUGGAAUAUUUAGGAGACUAUAUUCUUGAUGCAAAACCAAAAGAGAUUUCUGAAAUUCAACGUCUAAAUUACGAGCAGAAUAUGAGUGAUGCAAUGGCUAUCCUACAUAAGCUACAGACAGGUCUGGAUGUGAACGUGAAGUUCACUGGUGUACGAGUUUUUGAAUACACACCUGAAUGCAUAGUAUUUGACCUUCUUGAUAUCCCUUUAUACCAUGGAUGGUUAGUGGAUCCUCAGACUGCUGACAUUGUGAAGGCAGUUGGUAAUUGUAGUUACAAUCAAUUGGUGGAGAAGAUAAUCUGUUGUAAACAGUCGGACAACAGUGAGCUGGUUAGUGAAGGAUUUGUAGCUGAACAAUUUCUGAACAACACAGCCACUCAGUUGACAUACCAUGGAUUAUGUGAGCUGACUUCAGCAGUUCAGGAAGGAGAACUUUGUGUGUUCUUCAGGAACAACCAUUUUAGCACCAUGACCAAAUAUAAGGUAUGAUUAUUAACCUUUUCA